AUGGCUGCCUCCCAAGAUGAAAUGCUUUCUUUCUGCGUGGACACAACUAAAGUUUGCAGUUCUGUGGAAAUCCGAUUCAUUGACAAGGAUAAGGGCAAAGGAUUAUUUGCCAAGAAGGCCAUCAAGAAGGGAGACACCAUUUUUGUAGAGCGCCCUCUUGUCUCUUCCCAGUUCUUGUGGAAUUCCCAGUACAAAUAUAAAGCCUGUGAAUACUGCUUGAGUGCUCUGGAGACAGCUGAGGAUAAUGCCCGAAGACUGAGUGGCAACCCUGGCCUCAGUCUACCCCACACUGAGCUGUGCAAGGUGCGCCCAGAGCUGCACCAAGCUUGCCCACAAUGCCAGGUGAUGUACUGUAGCAACGAGUGUCGGCAGGCUGCGGCAGACCAGUACCAUCGGGCCCUGUGCUUAGGCCACUCCCAAGAGGACCCGGACCAUCCCGUCAACAAACUUAAGGAUGCCUGGAGGAGUAUGCACUACCCUCCUGAGACCUCCAGCAUCAUGCUCAUGGCCAGGAUGGUGGCUACUGUCAAACAGGCCCAAGACAAAUGCUGCUGGCAGAAGUUGUUCUUUCAGUUCUGCAGCCGUGCGGCCAACGAGGAGGAGGAAAUUGCACACAAGCUGCUGGGAGAGAAGUUCCAGGGACAUUUGACCUUACUACGAACCCUGUUUACGACAGCACUUUACGAUGAUAAUCUCAAUAUGUGGUUUACACCUGAGGGAUUUUGCUCCCUCUUCGCCCUUGUAGGCACCAAUGGACAGGGCAUAGGUACCAGCUCUCUCAGCCAAUGGGUUCAUGCAUGUGAUGCGUUGGAGCUGACUAGCCAGCAGAGGGAGCAAUUGGAUUGCUUCAUUGAUCAACUAUACAAGGACAUCGAGAAAGAGACCGGUGACUUCCUGAACUGCGAGGGUUCUGGGCUCUUCCUACUUCAGAGCUCAUGUAACCACAGCUACAUACCGAAAGCGGAGGCAUCUUUCCCGAACAACAACUUCUUGCUUCACCUCAGUGCCCUUAGUGACAUCAGCCCUGGAGAGGAGAUCUGCAUCAGUUACUUAGACUGCUGUCAGCGUGACCGGAGCUGUCAUAGCAGACAGAAAAUCCUGAGCUUCCUAUAACGUCGUUGUAGAGAAUUUGACAGUAUGUUCAACUGGCCUCACGAACGCAGACCAUGUGUUACCACACCAGCCCAGGACCUCCACAUCCGGCUUCUUCACCUGCGGGAUCGUCUGAGACCA